CUCAAAAAUGGAGGAGGAGGCGCGGGAGGAAGGGGAGGGGGGAAGAGAAGGGAAGGUGGUGGUGGUCGGUUUGAUAGAAAAAGCUACGAAUUCUACGAGGCCAGAAGUGGACCCUCGCCUUCUCAAAGCCAUUAAAUCAGCUGUUCGUUACUCCGAUUCCGAGCUCCGACUCGCCGCCCAAACACUAACGUCCCUCAUGAAACGCGACCACUCUCAGGUACGAUACCUUGCACUUCUCAUAAUAGAUGAGUUGUUCAUGCGGUCAAAGCUUUUCAGAACUCUUCUUGUUGAGAACCUAGAUCAGUUGCUCACAUUAAGUGUAGGAUUCAGGAGGAAUCUGCCGCUGCCAGCUCCUGCUGCUGUUGCAUCUGUUCUGCGUUCAAAGGCUAUUGAGUUCUUGGAGAAAUGGAACACAUCAUUUGGUAUACAUUACAGGCAGCUGAGGCUAGGGUAUGACUAUCUGAAGAAUACCCUUCGCUAUCAAUUCCCUAAUUUGCAAGCAAAUGCUGCUCGGAUUCAGCAGGAAAGGAGGGAAAAAGAGAUUAGGACAAAAGAAAUAUUGCUGAAGAAGUUUGAAAGCUUGAAGGAAAAUCUGCCAUCAAUCAGAGAUGAUAUUCAGUCAACAGUUGAUGAAAUUAGUGAAUGUCUGGACAUUAUUCAAAAUAAAGAUGAUAAUGUGCCUUUGGUUCCUGUGGAUGAAGAGGAAAUAGAAGAAUUCCACAAUGCCGAACUGCGACAAAUUCGUCUAGACUCCUUGAGAGAAGGUGAAAAGCUUCAAGAGAAUAGUGAGAAUAAGGUAAUUUUUGAUGCAUUGAGAGAACUAUACAAAGUUCUAGUAACAAAGCAUUUGGCUGCAGUGCAAGAAUGGACCUCCGUCCUCAUAAGGGUGGAAGGGGCAGAUAGCAGGUUCCGAGACAACACAUUGAAGGAGCUCAUAGAUAUUCGAAAUCACCUUCAAUCGGUGAAGAGAAAAUGUGAAGUUUCAGGUUGUGCUCUUCCUAAAAGUACAACUUCUGAGGAAGAAGAUAUUUGGGAAGAGGGUACUCUGGAAUCACAUGCAAAUGUUGAAUCAUUUAUUGAAGAGAAAAAGAGCGAGUUAUGUGUUGCAUCCACUUCCAGUAAGUUUGAAGGCAAAGCUUCUGAAGGCAGCAAAUCUAAGUUGGUAGCUGCCAAGAAACUGGAUGGUGGCUACAGUCAUAUGGAACCUAAUCCUGUGAGGAGCAAGCUAAUGGCUGAAGCCCCAGUUCUGACGUGGGGUUCUUUCUUGGAUAACUGGGGCUCAAACCAAGAUGUAUUGGCUAAUCAGAGGGGUUUAGAAAUUGAAAAUCAUUGGGGUAGGGUAGACUAUGAUGCAGUGAUUCCGGCAGAAAAAAUUGCUGAGUUGAAUCUUCAGGCAAUUGUUUACAAAGAGGAACCUGUUGAGAUCCAACCAUGUCGGGCCCCAUUGAAGAAGGGGGGCCUUUGUCCAAGAAAAGACUUGAGAGUUUGUCCAUUUCAUGGACCAAUCAUUCCUCGGGAUGAUGAAGGGAGACCAAUCAAUCUGACUUCAAGUCCUGAGUUGGGGGGCGGUAACUCCUCAGGGGAAGAGAUGAGUCCUGAUUUAGUUGAGAAGCUAGUCAAGCAGGCUGUGAGAAAUGUUCGUGAGAGAGACAAAGAGGCAGCUAAGAAGAGACACCAUGACAAACAGGAUUUGAAAAGAGCAAAGCUUGCAAAAGUUAGAGAACACAAUGAAGCAGUUCUACGUGAUGCUGCACUUGCUUCAACUUCAAGAUCUUCAUAUAUUGGUGAGGAUACAGAGGCAGUCAGCGGCCCAAGAUCUUUGCCUAGAAACAAGAGAGACACUCUCGCAUCCAUGCUGAAAAGGAAAGAAACUACUAAAGACAGGCUAGCCCAGAAGCUACUGAGUACCCGUGCUAAGGAUGCUACAGUAAAACAGUUAACUGUGGAAGAGGAGUCAAAUUACAAGGAAGCAUUUCCAAACCAAUGGUAGAUGGAAAUACAUCUCUGAUAAUGUGACACAAUGGGCAUACACUCUGUUCUGCCUGUAAAGUGAGGGCACAUAAUCGCUAUCCAACAUGUAUUGGUGAUAUAAGAUGUUUAGCACUAGAGAAAGUGGCUGAAUCACUUGAACUUCCACCCAAGUAUUGCUUCCUUGGAUGCCCUGAGAUAUUCCUUAUUACAUAAGCUGAAACAUGAGGCUGUUUGUAAAUUCAGACCUUACAACCGUCCAUACGCUGGUUCAGAGUGCUCAGUUCUUGGGGAUAUUUCUUACCUAGUUGCACAUAUGCGAGAUGUUCACAAGGUGGACGUGCACUUUUAAUCAGCUUUAUGUCAAAUCUAAUCCUUGAGAAGUAGAAACCGCCACAUGGACGCUAACUGUAGGUUUUUAAUUGUUUUGGCCGACUGCUUCUGCCUGCAUUUUGAAGCUUGGCAACUUUGCAUGGCUCCUGUUUAUAUGGCAUUUCUUCAAUUUAUGGGAGAUGAUAUAGAAGCUAGGAACUUCAGCUACACCUUGGAGGUGGGAGGCAAUUGCCGGAAACUCACCAGUGCCCUAGAAGCCUUAGAGACGAUCACAAGAAAGUCAGGGACUGCCAGGACGGUCUGAUCAUGCAGCUUAACAUGGCGCUGUUUUUUUGUGGUGGAGACAGGAAAGAGCUCAAACAACAAGUGGCAGGGCGAAUACGGAAGGAAAUGCAGAAUCCAGACAAUGGGGCGCGAAUACCUUAUCUCUGUAGUUAAAAUUACUCUUACUACACUAAUCUUUCUGCAUCUGUGCUGAAUUUUUUUCUCAUGUUAUCUGUGCCUUGAGAUGUCCAAAAUCAUUGAAUAUGCACAUCAAUUGGCUGGAUUUUAGCUGCCACAUGUUGAUUAAUAAUCUCUCUUUCUGUAAGUCUUUGACAUUUUUCAAGAAUAUCUACCCUAAUAGUUGCAACAAUGAGAAUCAAUGUGCAGAGCAGUGUGCUUUUUUGUGAA